ACUGGUUAACUUGGGCGCCAGGCUGCGGAUUACUUGAUAUGGUACUAAAUAUCAUUCCAUAAAUAUCCCCCACCGCCUUAAUAUAUUUACCGUUUUGCACCUAAAACCCCACCACUCUCUCUGAACCUUUUAUAUAAACCCCUGUCCGCACCUUUUCCCUGUUUACUCCGUUACAAGCCCCUUGGGCAGUCUCUCUCAAUCUUGCGGAAUCUGAAGUAGUCAUGCCAGAGAUCGAAUCGAGAAUGGUGGGGAUCGCCGACGGCGUCUCCUUCCCUGUCGUUUUCUUUGACGGCGAACGCGAGACGAGCAUCGGCGACGUCGUCGUUCACCCGUCGUUGGGAUUCAAGAACUUCCAAUCAAUCUUGAGCCGCAAGAUCGGAAUCUCUCCGCAUCAGUUCUCGGUCUACCUCGCAGUGAAGUACCGGUCGGAGACGCUCCGGAAGAUCCCCAUCACCGGGAAGGUCAAUUUUGCGGCGAUCUCUCGCGAGAAGGACUGCUUCUUCCUGGUGAUCCUGAAGCGAUCGAGGCGCGAGAGGAAGCGAAGGACUCGGAAGGAAUUUCAGGAGGAAGAAUACUACGCUUCUUCGAUGAGCGUUGUGCAGAGAAGGAACAAGAAGGUCCCAGUGAACGUGAUGCUCCUGCGGCGGGACGCCGGGACCGAGGGCCAAGCCUUGCCAGGUUACGUAUCCCCGAUCGUGGAUCGGGACGGAUACGAGAAGCGGGUAAAGGAGCUGCAGAUGGAAAGAGAGAGGUAUUUGAUGAAUAUGGGUCUGAGCGGCUUGUCUUUGGAGAAGGAAGAUAACGGUGGUGUGGGCGAGAGAGGGGUUGCAAGAAACGGUGUCGUUGAUGUCGAGUGCGAGGAAUGUAUGAGAGCCAAGCAAAUAGGAGACGAAGUUGGGUUUCAUGGGUGCGUGUACGAUACUGUGACUGUAGGGUUCAGGUCUCCGGCGGGUCCGAUUGCCCGGCCCGUCAAAGGAUCCUCUUGAAGUUUGAAUCUUUUGUCUUUUUUGCCCUUGGAGUGUUUAUAAGGAUUGAUGUAUAGAAGGGGGGAGGAGGAGGAGGAAGAUGGCAUACCACAAGUGAGGACGAGAGGGUGGGGUAGGCAGUAGAAGGACUGUUCUGUAUCCCACGACAUACCGUUUUGGGUCUUCAAAUUGAAGACAGAAAGAGUGUCAUUGUGGAGAUUGAAAUAAAUGAGAAAGGAAUGUAUAAUGGACUCUUGAA